GGCGGGCGGGCCCUGGGCGCCGGAGGGGCGGGUGGUCAGCCCCCUCCUGCUACCCGCCGCUCGGCGCGGCUCCUAGCCCCUUCCUCCCGCCACCAGUGCGUCAGGACCCGCUGCACCGAGGCGUGCGAGGGGCGUCUGAAGGGGGCUCUGCAGGGACGCUCUGUCCCGCGCCGGCGGGGAGCAUGGGCGUGCUCAGGGUCGGCCUGUGCCCAGGCCUCAGCCCGGAGAUGGUCCAGCUUCUGCGGAGCCGCGGGAUCAGGACAGUGGUGGACCUGGCCUCCGCAGACCUGGAGGAGGUGGCCCAGAAGUCUGGCUUGUCUUACAAGGCCCUGGUCGCCCUGCGGCGGGUGUUGCUGGCUCAAUUCUCGGCUUUCCCCAUCAAUGGCUCUGAUCUCUACGAGGAACUCAAGAGCUCCACCGCCAUCCUGUCCACGGGCAUCAGGAGCCUGGACAAACUGCUUGAUGCUGGUCUCUAUACUGGAGAAGUAACUGAAAUCGUAGGAGCCCCAGGUAGCGGCAAAACCCAGGUAUGUCUUUGUGUGACUGCCCAUGUGGCCCAUGGCCUCCAGCAGAACGUCUUGUACAUUGAUUCCAAUGGAGGGCUGACAGCCUCGCGCCUCCUCCAGCUGCUACAGGCUAGAACCCAGGAUGAGGAGGAACAGGCAGCAGCUCUGCAGAGGAUCCAGGUGGCGCGUGCGUUCGACAUCUUCCAGAUGCUGGAUGUGCUGCAGGACUUCCGAGGCACUGUGGCCCAGCAGUCUCUCCAGGUGACGGGUUCUUCAGGGACUGUGAAGGUAGUCGUCGUGGACUCGGUGACUGCGGUGGUCUCCCCACUUCUGGGAGGUCAGCAGAGGGAAGGCUUGGCCUUGAUGAUGCAGCUGGCCCGAGAGCUGAAGACCCUGGCCCGGGACCUUGGCCUGGCGGUGGUGGUGACCAACCAUGUGACCCGAGAUAGGGACAGUGGGAAGCUUAAACCUGCUCUUGGACGUUCCUGGAGCUUUGUACCGAACACCCGGAUUCUCCUGAGCACCACUGAGGAAUCAGGAGCAUCAGAAAGGAGCUGGUGCACGGCGUGUCUGACCAAAUCCCCCCGUCAGCCAACGGGUGUCCAGGAGGUUAUAGACAUUGCGACCUGGGGGCCUCCAGAGCAGAACCCAGCAUCCCAAGAAGAGCAGACGUGACUGUUGCAAUGACUGGUGCUGUUGCUUGGGAAGUGGAGGGCAUUGAGUCUCUCUCGAAUUUUCCUUCCUAGUGAGACCUGCUGUUCACUGCCACUCACCUUCUGGGACUGCUGUGUUCUCAGGCUGGUGAGAGGAGAGAGGACAGCCUCACUCUGCAAGAAGUCACGGAGCCACAGGCCAGAGAGGAGGCUACAGUGGGAAGACCCGGAAGUUCAAGAUUCAGAUUCCUUCCCUUGUUCUGCGAGCACUGAGCUCACCCUGACUUGGGGCGUCUCUGAAGAGGCACGCUAAUGACUGGCUGGGUCACCCUGAGUGUCACCAUCUGAUCCUGUGCUGCGUCCUAGCAUGGUGACCGAGCCAGGAAGCCUGUGCUUGCCUUUGCUUCUGUCUCUUCUUUCUGUUGGGGGUGAGGGCCUCUGUGUGUGUAUCUUAGCUCCCUUUCCCUUGGCUGUCUCUUGAGUUACUGGGAAAAUAACCUCAUGAAUGCAAAA